UCUCGUCAGACCCUCACAUCUCGCGAUAGGUGGCUCAUAUUCACGUUCUCUGUCCGUCCAGCGAGCGAAGGGACAGAUGUGGUUGUUUUUGCGACAAAGAUGUCUCAGAAAUCAACAAGUCCACCUUCAUCGCUUAUGACUCACCUUCAUUCAGAGUCACAUAAACAGAGCAUCCUGAGCAAAUUCAACAAGCUCAGGAAAAGUGACCUGCUGUGUGACAUCACUCUUGUGGUGGAGGAUGUGCAGUUCAAGGCCCACAAAGCCCUGCUGGCAGCAAGCAGUGAGUACUUCUCCGUGAUGUUCACAGCAGAAGAUCAGAUCCAUCGGUCCACCUACCGGCUCGACGGUAUGACACCAAACAUGUUUGCUGCAGUGCUGGAGUUCAUCUACAGCGCUCAGGUGUUUGUUGAGGAAAGCGCCACAGAGCAGCUCCUCGCCACGGCUCAUCGAAUGGAAGUCGGUGACCUUGUCAAAGUGCUCACUGACCUAACUCGCUCUGCAGCAGGGGUCAAAGGCGAUGAUGCAAAAGCAAACAAAGCUGAGGAUGCAGAGCUGGUGAAGCGCAAAAGAGGGCGGCCAAGGAAAGAUGUAGGUGCACCUGUGACAGCGCUGAUGGGUAAGAGAGAACCAUGUGAGAGCUCAGAGGACCGACAGGCAGGAGAUAAUCCAAAAACUGAGUCUCAAUCUAGAGAUGAGGACCCCGAAGAACACCAAAGCCGGCAGAGCAAACGCAAAAUCAACCCACCGGUAAAAUAUAAGGGCUACAAAGUGGGCACUAACACAGCAGGACACAAAGAGCCUGGGAAGAGGGGCAGGAAAAGGAAAUACCCUGACACUGAGGCACGAUGUGAGGACUGUGGAAAAGUCUUUAAAAGCCACCUGUUUUUAAAGAUUCACCAGCGCACUCAUACAGGUGAGAAGCCUUUCCACUGUACGGUUUGCGGGAAGAGUUUUACCCAGAAGCACACUCUGCUGGCUCACCAGCGCAUGCACACUGGAGAAAAGCCAUUUGUUUGUACCGUCUGCUCCAAAGCGCUUUCCACCAAACACUCCCUGCAAGAGCACAUGAACCUCCAUGAAGAAGAGAAAUCCUUUGACUGUGAUAAAUGUGGAAAGACUUUCACUCAGAAAAGGCAACUUAAAAGCCAUUACAGAGUUCACACAGGUAAAUCAUUACCAGAAUGUGCUCAGUGUCAUCACAAGUUUAUGGAUGCAGCUCAACUGAAAAAGCACGUGAGAACUCAUACAGGUGAGAAGCCUUUCACUUGUGAGAUCUGUGGAAAAUGUUUCACAGCCAAGAGCACACUGCAGACUCACAUCAGAAUCCACAGAGGUGAGAAGCCUUAUGACUGCAACAUCUGCAAGAAGUCCUUUUCAGACCCCAGUGCAAGACGACGACAUGUUGCCUCCCACUCGGGGAGGAAACCCUUCACCUGCUCCUUCUGCACGCUUUCUUUUACACGCCUGGACAAUCUGAAGACACACACCAAAUCCCACAACAAGGAGAGAGCUGCGAGUGGAGAGGCCUCAUUGGAUACGGCGGCAAAAGAUGGCUCGGCAGCCCCGCAGGAAGAGGUGCGAAAUAUCCUUCACCUGCAGCAGUACCAGCUGCCUGCCAGCUCUGAACAGGAGCUCCAGCUGGUGGUGACGGAGGAUGUGGACCACAUUAACUUUAUUCCAGGUCAGGACCAUGAGAUCAACCUCAUCAGCACAGAGGGAGAGAUGGCUCAGUCAGCCCCCUCUAAACUCACCCUCCUCGCCCGGCCAUCAGGGCACGUGCAGAAUGUGGCGUUGGUCACUCAGGGUGAUGUAGUCGAUCAGACCUCUCAGAUUCACACUAUCAGCAUGCUGCAGGGUCAGAUGAUGCACCAGGCUGAGCAGAUGCAUGUUAUCACUUUGAGUAAAGAGGCUAUGGAGCAGCUGCAGGCCCAUCACGGUCCUCCGCAGCCCUUUCAGAUAACACAGCGUCCCAUCCAACAGCUGCAGGUGAUGCAUCAGCCAAUCCAGCAGCUGCCUGUUGCUCAGGAGCCCUCGGAGGGGCAGGUGAGCAGGGAACAACAACAAGUUCGGGCUAUUCACGUCAGCAGCCAGAGCAGCCAACCCAUCUCCAUCAGUCAGACCAGCGAGCAGAUCUCCAACCAUCACAUCCAAGGACAAACAUUUCAGAUCCAAUCAGGAACUGUGUCCUACCUGUACACCACCGGACUGCCACAGGAGAGCUGAGAGUGAUCUGGACCACUGGGAACUUAAAUCUGAAGGUGCUACUGUGGAGAUCAAUUAUAGAAAGACAAAACUGACCAUAGUCCAAGGUAGCAGUAUUAAAAGAUGAAGUUUGUAUUUUCUUUAAUUUUUUAUAUAAAAAAAUAUAUAUAAGCAUACCU